AACUCUACUGCCAUUUCUCAACGUUUGGUCGCGCGAGACUCAACAAUUCACGCUGUCACUCUCUUAUAUUCUGCAUAUUUAAUCUAGAAGAUUGUAAAGAGAAUGGAGAAAUUCUCUCGCGUAAACGUAUUAUCUGAUCCUCACGAGUGAAAUUUAAACUCGCCGCUACCGCGACAUCGUUCAGUUUGCGGUUGGCAGGACUGUUCGGAAAAUUCGGAGAGUGAACAGGUGUUUUUUGAAUGGAUUAGAGCGAAUAUAGGCGACGAGAGGACGGAUGUCUCGCGGACGGUGAAUGAUCGUCGGGAUUUGCCGGCCGUUCCGGAUGAUCGAUAGCUCGGAGGAUGCAUGCGGGUACGCGGUUAUUCUCGGCGUCCAGGCGAAAAUGAGGAGGUAGAAAAGCGGUACGAAAGUGUCAUUCUUGGCGCUUAGAAGAUGAAGAUAUAACAGCGCCAACGGCGGCAGCUUUGUUAUCCCGUUCGCACCUAAGGCCCGGAAUUAUAAAUAUGCCACAUCAGUUUGGAUUGCCAACAAUGGCGCAUAGUAUGCAGUCACCGCCUUCACCGACCUCGGUCAUGUCCGUUUAUCCUCGAUUCGGCUCCGGCAUCUACAGGCCCGAUCAACAGGACCAGCGAUUGACCCGUGAGGCGAUGGAGCGUUACUUGCGCGACCGUAGCGACAUGAUGAUCGUAAUCCUGCACGCUAAGGUCGCGCAAAAGUCGUAUGGUAACGAGAAGCGGUUCUUCUGCCCACCGCCAUGCAUCUAUCUCUUCGGCGAUGGCUGGAGAAUGCGCCAGGAGCAAAUGCUGCGCGAAGGCGAAAGCGAACAGAAUGCUCAGCUGUGCGCCUUCAUCGGCAUCGGUAACUCGGAUCAGGAUAUGCAGCAACUAGAUCUGAAUAAUGGCAAACAGUAUUGCGCAGCGAAGACUCUCUACAUCUCCGACUCGGACAAGCGCAAGCACUUUAUGCUCUCCGUCAAGAUGUUCUAUGGCAGCGGCCACGACAUCGGCGUGUUUCUCAGCAAGCGUAUCAAGGUGAUCUCGAAGCCGUCCAAGAAGAAGCAGUCCUUGAAGAACGCAGACCUGUGCAUCGCCAGUGGCACGAAGGUGGCACUUUUCAAUCGAUUGCGCUCGCAAACGGUCAGCACGCGUUAUCUUCACGUGGAGAAUGGUAACUUCCACGCGAGUUCGACACAGUGGGGCGCAUUCACAAUUCAUCUCCUGGACGAUAAUGAGAGUGAGUCGGAGGAAUUUCAAGUGCGCGACGGUUACGUGCACUAUGGCAGCACAGUGAAAUUGGUGUGCUCCGUGACGGGAAUGGCACUGCCGCGACUGGUGAUCCGCAAGGUGGACAAACAGAUGGCCAGUUUGGAGGCCGACGAUCCUGUUUCGCAAUUGCAUAAAUGCGCCUUCUACAUGAAAGAUACGGAUCACAUGUAUCUGUGCCUAUCGCAAGAGCGUAUAAUACAAUUUCAAGCUACACCUUGCCCGAAAGAGGCAAACAAGGAAAUGAUCAAUGAUGGCGCCUGCUGGACAAUCAUCAGCACGGACAAGGCGGAAUAUCAGUUCUUCGAGGGCAUGGGUCCGGUACGGUCGCCGGUGACACCGGUACCGCUAGUCCAUAGUCUGCAUCUCAACGGUGGCGGUGACGUGGCGAUGCUUGAGCUCACAGGCGACAACUUUACGCCGAAUCUACAAGUCUGGUUCGGCGAUGUCGAGGCCGAAACUAUGUACAGAUGCCAAGAGAGCAUGCUUUGCGUCGUGCCUGACAUUUCCUUGUUUCGCGGCGAGUGGCUGUGGGUGCGCCAGCCGACGCAGGUGCCAGUUUCCCUCGUUCGCAAUGACGGCAUCAUCUACGCUACCGGUUUGACCUUCACGUACACGCCCGAACCAGGGCCGCGUCCGCACUGUCCACCGGCCGAUGAAAUCAUGCGAGCGCCGCGUACUAUGCACAAUCAGGCUAAUAUACCACCCGCCGCGAUGCCUACCGACGUGCCCUGGAACACCCACGGACAGCCGCCGCAGUCGGGUCUCUGAUAUCUUCUAGAUAAUCGUCAUAAUGCGAACCAAAGUCUACGAUGUAGUAGUGAUAUGGGCGGUGCGACGCCAAUCGUGUCUCCCGAUGAUGACGAUGAGGAUGACAACGAUGAUGGAAACGAGAGUGGCGGUGACGAGUGCUCAUAUCUGGCGAAAGAUUUAUUACUCGAAAUCGAUAAUAGCGUGGCGCAGCACGGCGCAAACUUAGACAAUACGAAAACGUAGCGUUUCGCUCAAUGCACUCUACAUGUGGGACAUCCAACCCCGCGCGCUAAAACUGUCUUAGGCUAAACUCUCGUAAUUUGUUAACAAAAAUUUACAGAGAUAAUAAUUUAUAUAGCAGUUUUUGAUUUAACAGUUUACGCGAGAGUGUAUAGACAGAGUAUAUGGAAUCUGACGAUAAAAUUUUCAAGAGUGAAGUGAAUGGAUUUAUAUAAGAUUUGAUUCGAUACGAGCGAAAUAAGUUUUUGUUGAUACAUCCGAAACACUUCCCUUGGAACUUUGUUGUCACGUCUCGUCUAGCAUUUUAUGAAGAAUUUAAAAAAAAAACUAUUAAACGAGCAUAGUUAGUAACGAAUGUAAUACACAAUCUUAGUCUAUACAUUUGCAUAUUGGUCACCGAACGGUUGUGCUUUUAACACUAUAUCUGUUACGAGAGGAGCUAUUACACUCGGAAAUCGGUAUAGCAAGUUUUGUAAUUAUAAAAGCAUUCUUUGCUCUCUUUAUAUAGGGUGUCCGUUAAAGUCGGGAUCAAUUUUAUACAAUAAUAAUGGGAUCGAAUAGGUAAGAAGAGUUUAUAUAAAUCUAUGUUCGAAAAAGCUUCAUUAAAAAAUUAUAAGCUUUUAAAGAUAAACGAACAAAAUUGUUGACUCGGAAGUAGAUAAUUUAUUCAGUUAUUUUUUACAUGUCUUAACUUAUACGGUUUCCAGACUUUGCACUACAUAUGUUUUUGCUUCUAUUACAUUUUAAUUUGUUCAAUGUCAUAAUUCUGAUGUUUGAGUUGUGAUUUUAUUUUUGCGAUUACAAUAAAGAACUGCGCUUUUUUUGCGAAUUAUGCGAUAUUCAUAAUAUUGUAUGUCGGUGAUUACGUCUAAAGCUAGCGCCAGACUGUGCGCGUAUUCGCAAUUCGUGAUUCGUAAUUCGCGAUUCGUGAACGGUAUAAAGAAAUCUGAUUGGUCGAAUUUGACGAAUCUUCCAUCCACACUGUUCACGAAUUAUAAACGAAUCGCGAAUACGCGCAUAAUCUGGCGCUAGUUUAACAAGUUAUAAGAACAAUUUUACUCGCUUAUUUUUGCUAACUCUUUAAGAAAACAUUUUCGCGGACAUAAGUUUAUAUGAACUUUUCUUUCAUCUCACUACUCGACCCCAUUAACAUGUUGAUAAAUGCGGUCCUGAUCUUUAUGGACACUCUGUACACAUCAUCGCUAGAUCGUAAAGCAAAUUCUAAUUUAUUGGGAUCGCCAGUAUUGGUGAUUUGUUAUUUCACCGCGUGGAAAUGACUUCAUGAAGAAGGAAAAAUGUACAGAAAAAAAAAAUCGAAAAGAAACUAUACGGAUCGUCUGAGCGUUGUCUCACGUGAAUGAUCUAUCAUGUACAAAGUAGGAUAGAGGAAGGGAUACGCAGUGUAUUUUUCAACCCGCGUUCCUGACGUGCUCGAUGACAUUUGGUACAUUUGUAAAUUCGUGCGCGCACACGCAGUGUCAAUAGACUUCUCAUUAUUAUUUAUUAAAAAAUACAUAUACUCUUUUUAGCGAGUGAAUGUGUGUAUCACGCCAAUUGGUACUGAUUGUAAAAACGGCUAGAGAUUGAUUGAUCAAGUCAGUAAAACUUGUCCGCAUCUUUUUUUUCUUUUUUUUAUAUCUCGGAGAAAUAAUCAUCCCAUUUUAAAAACGGCAUAUAGAUUUUCUGAUAUAGUACGCAUACGUGUUAUUUUAUGUACAUAGCAUUUCAAACGUAUACGUACAGCAUUUAUUGUGAUCAUGAUUACGGAUCCCGGUGUAAUAAUUACGUUAAACAUAUACCUUUGAGGUAUUCGCGUGAAAUUAAUUUUUGAUUAAUCAUUCUCUUGUAAUCCUCGUAAAGUAUAAAAAUCGAAUCUAUUAUAUUACAAUGUUUUUAUUUUUUUUAUUUUUAUUAAAGAAAGAUGGAGAUAUAUAUGGACACACAAUGCCGUGAUGUCUAAACGAGCUAUUUUUAAAAUAUAUAUUUAAUUAUAUCAUCAGGAUGUCUACUUCCUGGAAAACCUGGAAUUCUCAAGGAUUUCUUUUAUAUUUGAAGAAAUCAAAGAAUUCUCAUGAAAUUUUAUUUGGACUCAGGGAAUUUUUUAAAAAAUUCUCCUUGAUAAUGCUUUAUAUUGUAAGCAAUCUACAAUUCGCCGAUAAACCAAGUUAUGAAUAUAUAUUAUAAAUAUAUAUCUUUGUUUAUAUAUUAGACAUCUUAACAAAAUAUUGAUUGUGCAGUACAUAUUCUUUUUAUUGCUAUUUUUAGUGAUAAAGAAAUGAAGAUAUACAAGUGGAAAAUAUUUAUUUUAAGCAAGUCAUUCAAUUUUUUUUCUUUUUUUUAGUAGAUUGCAAAUCUAGCACUUGAAACUUAAGUGGCUCUGUCUUUUUUCUUCGUGUGACUGAAAAGCAUCAGAAAACGAAAUUAUACAAUAAAAAAUAGCUUAUUUUAGAAAGUUGCACUAAAAAAAUCUUUAGCCUCUUUUCUUGAAAUUUUGAACAAGAAUACUUGGAGAAGAAUAGAAAAUUUUCAGGGAAUUUUUUCAUAAGAUUUGAGUAGACACCCUGAUCAUACACUUAGAAGGACUUAUGUGCUAUGAUACUUGAGUUUUUUUCAGAUGAAGGAUUUUCUGUAUUAUAAUCUGUGUAGAAGAUUUUCUCUCAGUACUUCUUCGAUUUGAAAAGAAUGUAUUGAAAAUUACAUUUAUAUUCUUUAUUGUAAUUAUAUCAAUAAGUACAAUAAAGAUAUAAAAAUAUGA